CUUUCAUACAAAUUUACCAAAACAACCAUAGUUUUAAUAAAGCCCGACGAUCUUGCGUUCCGCCCUAUUUAUUCAAUCUCAAAGGCCAGCUGAAGUUCUCCCAAAUUCAUUUCUCUGCAAAAGAAAAAACCGAAAUCGAACCUCUGCUAAACAUGCCGACAGUGAGCGUGAAAUGGCAAAAGGAGUUGUUUCCAGCUGUAGAAAUCGAUACAAAUCAGCCUCCUUUGGUUUUUAAAUGUCAGUUGUACGAUCUAACUGGAGUACCCCCUGAAAGGCAAAAGAUUAUGGUUAAAGGUGGUUUGUUGAAGGAUGAUGCUGAUUGGUCAACAAUAGGAGUGAAAGAGGGCCAAAGAUUGAUGAUGAUGGGAACUGCAGAAGAAAUUGUUAAAGCUCCCGAAAAGGGCCCUGUCUUCAUGGAAGACCUUCCGGAAGAAGAACAAGCCAUUGCUGUGGGUCACAGCGCUGGUCUAUUUAAUCUGGGAAAUACCUGUUACAUGAACUCCACACUACAAUGCCUGCAUUCAGUUCCAGAGUUGAAGUCAGCUCUAUUGAAUUAUACAGAUUCUGGAAGGAGCAAUGAAUUAGAUCAUUCGUCACAUCUUUUGACUGUGGCCACCCGAGAUGUGUUUGGUGAGCUUGAUCGCAAUGUCAAGCCUGUUGCCCCAAUGCACUUUUGGAUGAUCUUACGUAAGAAGUAUCCCCAAUUUUCCCAGCAGCACAAUGGUUUCUUCAUGCAACAGGAUGCAGAAGAAUGUUGGACCCAACUUAUGUAUACUCUUUCUCAAUCUCUAAAAUCGCCAGACUCAAGAGAAAAUCCUGAGACUGUGAAAUCACUCUUUGGGAUUGAACUUGUCAGCAGGGUACAUUGUGCAGAAAGUGGUGAAGAAAGCACAGAGACAGAAUCAGUAUACUCUCUCAAAUGCCACAUUUCGCAGGAAGUGAACCAUUUGCAUGAGGGGCUGAAACACGGUCUUAAAUCAGAAUUAGAGAAGGUUUCUCCUUCCUUGCAGCGCAGUGCAAUUUAUUUGAAGGAGUCACGCAUCAAUGCCUUGCCCAGGUACUUGACUAUUCAGUUUGUCCGAUUUUUCUGGAAAAGGGAGUCAAAUCAAAAGGCAAAGAUCUUACGGAAAGUGGAAUACCCAUUGGAGUUGGAUGUCUUCGAUCUGUGUUCCGAUGAACUGCGUGCUAAGUUGCAAGAUCCCCGCAAGAUUCUAAGAGAUGAAGAAAGUGCCAAGCUUGGGUUGAAAACCAAAGACAAGAAUGCUGGUUCAAAAGAUAACGACGUCAAGAUGCUUGAAGCAGAGGGAUCAUCAGAUGGUAAUGGAGAAGCAUCUAAAGUUACUCCAGAAGAAGGAGCAUCUUCUGAGAAACAGUUGCAGCUAACUGGAAUUUAUGAUUUGGUCGCUGUAUUGACCCACAAGGGGAGGAGUGCUGACUCAGGUCACUAUGUUGCCUGGGUAAAACAAGAAAAUGGUAAAUGGGUUCAGUUUGAUGAUGACCAUCCAAUUCCACAGAGGGAGGAAGACAUCACAAAGCUCUCGGGUGGAGGUGAUUGGCACAUGGCAUACAUUUGCAUGUAUAAAGCUCGAGGAGUUUAUAUUUAAAUUUAAUGGUAAGCCUAAGCUAAAGUACUUUUACACAGUCAAUCAAUGACUUACAUUUUGUGUAGAUUAGAAAGGAAAAGUAUGUGUUGUUGAGGCACUUGGUUUAUAAUCUGUACAAUUUGUCUUCUUGCUUUUCAUAGAAAGGAGACUUGAGUUGGAGGGCCACUCCAUUAAGUGGCCUUGAUUAAAUACGCUCUGCUUGAUUAUAUCCAAUGAUUGAAGUCCCAA